AUGAACAGCGCCGGCGGCUUCGGCUUGGGCUUAGGCUUCGGCCUCACCCCUACGGCGGUGAUUCAGGUGACAAAUCUGUCCUCUGCGGUGACGAGCGAGCAGAUGCGGACGCUUUUUUCCUUCCUAGGAGAAAUCGAGGAGCUGCGGCUCUACCCGCCCGACAACGCACCUCUUGCUUUUUCUUCCAAAGUAUGUUAUGUUAAGUUUCGUGAUCCAUCAAGUGUUGGUGUGGCCCAGCAUCUAACUAACACGGUUUUUAUUGACAGAGCUCUGAUAGUUGUUCCUUGUGCGGAAGGUAAAAUCCCAGAGGAAGCCAAAGCCCUCUCUUUAUUGGCUCCUGCUCCAACCAUGACAAGUCUGAUGCCUGGUGCAGGCUUGCUUCCCAUACCGACUCCAAAUCCCUUAACUACACUGGGCGUUUCCCUUAGCAGUUUGGGAGCUAUACCAGCCGCAGCGCUAGACCCCAACAUUGCAACCCUUGGAGAGAUACCACAGCCACCGCUUAUGGGGAAUGUGGAUCCUUCUAAAAUUGAUGAAAUUAGGAGAACAGUCUAUGUUGGCAAUUUGAAUUCCCAGACAACCACAGCUGACCAGCUACUUGAAUUUUUUAAACAAGUUGGAGAAGUGAAGUUUGUUCGGAUGGCAGGUGAUGAGACUCAGCCAACUCGGUUUGCUUUUGUGGAAUUUGCAGACCAAAAUUCUGUACCAAGGGCCCUUGCUUUUAAUGGAGUUAUGUUUGGAGACAGGCCACUGAAAAUAAAUCACUCCAACAAUGCAAUAGUAAAACCCCCUGAGAUGACACCUCAGGCUGCAGCUAAGGAGUUAGAAGAAGUAAUGAAGCGAGUACGAGAGGCUCAGUCCUUUAUCUCAGCAGCUAUCGAACCAGAGUCUGGAAAGAGCAAUGAAAGAAAAGGCGGUCGAUCUCGUUCCCACACUCGUUCAAAAUCCAGGUCUAGCUCAAAAUCCCGUUCUCGAAGGAAAAGGUCACAGUCAAAACACAGGAGUAGAUCCCACAAUAGAUCACGUUCAAGACAAAAAGAUAGACGUAGAUCUAAGAGCCCUCAUAAAAAACGCUCUAAAUCAAGGGAGAGGCGAAAAUCAAGGAGUCGCUCACGUUCACGGGACAAAAGAAAAGAUACCCGAGAAAAAAUCAAGGAAAAGGAAAGAGUGAAAGAAAAAGAUAGAGAAAAGGAAAGGGAAAAAGAGAGAGACAGGGAAAAGGAACGUGAAAAAGAAAAGGAACGGGGUAAAAACAAAGAUAAAGACCGAGAUAAAGAACGGGAAAAGGACCGAGAUAAAGACAAGGACAAAGAGAAGGACAAAGAGAGAGAGCGGGACAAAGACCAUGAAAAGGAACGAGACAAAGAAAAGGAGAAGGAACAAGACAAAGAAAAGGAACGAGAAAAGGACAGAUCCAAAGAGAUAGAUGAGAAAAGAAAGAAGGAUAAAAAGUCCAGGACACCACCCAGAAGUUACAAUGCAUCAAGAAGAUCUCGUAGUUCCAGCAGGGAAAGGCGUAGGAGGAGGAGCAGGAGUUCUUCCAGAUCACCAAGAACAUCAAAAACCAUAAAAAGGAAAUCUUCUAGGUCUCCAUCCCCCAGGAGCAGAAAUAAGAAGGAUAAAAAGAGAGAAAAAGAAAGGGACCACAUCAGUGAAAGAAGAGAGAGAGAACGUUCAGCUUCUACAAGAAAGAGCUCUAAUGACCGAGAAGGGAAGGACAAGGUAGAGAAGAACAAUACUUCACUUAAAGAGAAGGAGCACAAUAAAGAACCAGAUUCAAGUGUGGGCAAAGAAGCAGAAGACAAGGAUGCGCCAAGGACUGAGGAGAGCACAGUGCAGCAGAAUGGGGGCUGUCCGCCCAGCGAGGAAAACCCCCCUGCCAGAGCGGAGGCGGUAUAG